UUGGUCCGGGGCCGCGCGCCGCCGCGCGCCCCCGUGAAGCGCGUCCUCUCGGAGGGUUGGGUGCUGGGCUCGCGCUCAGCUAAGCGCAUGCUCAGUGCGGAUGGGGCAGCCGGAGAUGGUGGUGCUAGGCUGAUGGCGGCGCAGGCAGCACUGCGCUGAAGACGCUCAGGGAGCCUGUCUCCAUCCGACCGCUGCUGCCUCGCCAUGGGCAAUGAGGCCAGCCUAGAGGGCGGGGGAGCCGAGGGGCAGCUACCCCCCGGCCUAGCCGCGGGUCCCUCCACCUCGCCUGGAUCCGCCAAGCCACCUUCAGCACCAAGCAGUGGAGGACAGCUCCCACCGGGCAGGGCGCCUGCUGCUGCACCGGGCCCCGCGCAGCCUCACGGACCCUCCGCCAGCACACCGAGAAGACCAGAACAAUCAGAUUCCUCCUUUGGACAGAGGACACCUUCCCCGUCCCUGACAAAAGUUGCUCCAGGCAGCGAAACCCCAAGAGAGAAACGGAGCCAGGGGCAUGCUCCCCAACACACGGAUGGGCCCAGGAGGACUCUCCAAGUGGGUGGACGUUCACCAUCUGUUUCCCCGGAGCGAGGCAGCACGCCUACCUCACCUUAUUCAGUCCCACAAAUUGCCCCCCUUCCCAGUAGCACGCUCUGCCCUAUAUGCAAGACAACAGAUCUCACCUCCUCUCCUAACCAGCCAAACUUCAAUACCUGUACACAGUGUCAGAACAAGGUCUGCAACCAAUGUGGAUUCAACCCCAACCCUCAUCUGACUGAGGUUAAAGAAUGGCUAUGUUUAAAUUGCCAGAUGCAGAGAGCUUUGGGAAUGGACAUGACUACAGCACCCCGCUCCAAAAGUCAGCAGCAAUUACAUUCUCCUUCCCUUUCUCCUUCCCAUUCCCCUGCCAAACAGCCACAACCACAGCCCCAAGCAGUAACAGGACCAGAGAAACAACCCGGAACUAUGCAGCCAGGGCCCAGGCCAAGUGCUGCAACCAUGCAACCCCAUUCCCCCAAACAUCCCCCAGUCUCACCACAGAGAGAAGUACCCAGCCAAUUCCAGCCAAAACCUGCUGCUCCUCAGGAAGUGAUGAAGUCUUCCCCUCAGCAUCAACAAGCAAAGCCUUCAUCCAUUGAUCAGAGAAAGAUUGUAGGAGACUCCCCAGCUAAGACUCCAGUCCCUCCUGCCAGUACUGGGGGGACUCAAGAACAAACCCAAGAGGGCCUCACCGGGAAGCUUUUUGGAUUUGGAGCUUCCCUCCUGACCCAGGCAAGCACACUCAUGUCUGUCCAGCCAGAGGCCACUCCAUCAAGUCAACAGUCUCCUGGCAAAGUGCCUCCAAAAAUCGUCUUCAGUGAUGCUAGUAAAGAAGCUGGUCCUAAAAGGCCAAGCACUGGUCCUGGAAUGCAGAGUAAGCCUGGAACUGUCCCAGCUGCAAAGCAAGCGAAAGCAGAACAAGUAACUAAGCCAAAGGAAGUGCCGAAAGAAAGGGUUUUAUGCCCCCUCUGCAAAGCGGAGAUAAACGUGGGCUCUGGAGAGCCUUCCAAUCAUAAUACCUGCACAUCCUGUAAGCAGCAGGUCUGCAACAUGUGUGGAUUCAACCCAACACCUCAUCUGGUAGAGAAAAACGAAUGGCUGUGUUUGAACUGCCAAACUCAGAGGCUACUAGAAGGAAGCCUAGGAGAUCCUGCUCCAAUGCCACUGCCCAUUUCAAAGCAACAGCCAACUGGAUCCCCCCGGCACCAAGCUGGAGGUCAGCAACAGAGAGGAGCCCAGCACCAUGAACCCUCAACUGCUAAAGACAGGCAUCCUGCACAUCUCAGGACUUCAGAUCAAAGCAAAUUACCAAUGGCCACAGUCCAAAAAAAAAUGCCUGGUGCUCCAUCUGAAGAAAAGCCACUGCCCAAAUUAGCUGAAGGGCCUCCAAAACCUUCUGAAAGUCCAUUGUCAAAAGGGAAAAUUGCAGCUUCAAAACCAGAAAGAGAUAUCAAAGACAGCACAGUUGUAUCUGAAUCUCAGAAAACACGAGAACAAGAGGUAAGUACUUUUUCACUUAGCAAUGUAGGAACAAUAGAUGGGGUAUGAGGUGUGUUGGAAGAUGUUUAGCCUAAGACGGUGUUUCUUAAUAUUCUCAGCAACUUUGAAAAGUGUGACUGGUCUGAAGAAUUCUGGCAAUUGA